UCUAAUCAACCUUGCUAACAAAAACAAGCAUUGUUUAAGAAGCCAUUAAAAUCUUCAACUGACUCUUACCUGCUAAAAUACAUUGCUCCCUUCGUCGAUCAGGGCAAGCUGAUGUUUCCGUCUUUUCAUAUCAUAGCUCAUAUUUCUAAAUUAGUUUGUGCGGCAAAGAGAGUAAUGAAAGAAUUAUAUUUUGUUAAAUACAUCAUAUUGUCAUUUUUAAGACUGGCGGCUUGUUUACCUAAAUUUCGUUUAAUAAUGCACCGGCCAUAAAGAAAUGCCCUAAUCACGCCUCCUAUAUGACUUUUUCUAAAAGAAACCGAGCGACAUCAUGUUUCCAGUUUCUCAAUUGUUUGCCUUGUCACUUAACUUCUUAAGUACCUACUGACAUAAAGCCAAAAAUUUUGGUUGCACACAUACAAUCGCACUUAAAAACUGCUGAAAUUUAUUAGACAGUUGUGUUCCUCCCGCACGUCCAAUAAGCGAGUCGGCCUCUUCAAAGGAAUCUGAUGAAUGGAUUUAAUUUAUGUUUGUUUGCGCAGUGGACUGUAAUCCAAUCGCAAACAGCACUUUACAUACACCUCCGAUAUUCUUAAGAUUCGAAGCCCAGACUGUGCAUUUUUGUUUUCCAACAGUUUCGUCUCAACGUCAAACAGUAAAAGGUGUUCUUCACCCAACAGUCAUGUACGAAAUUUCAUUCGUUGACGAUGACUCCGAGGAUUUCAGGAUCCAGGACUUGCUGGGCGAGGGUUCUUUCGCUCAGGUUUACAAAUGUGUGGAAACCAAGUCACAAACCGUGUUCGCUCUGAAAGAAUUUGACCAGAAACACAAGGAAUUUGAUGAGAAAACUGUAGAACAAGAGGUACUUGUUUGGACUGAUGUUGUGCACGAGAACAUCGUUCGCUUGUACGCCUCCUUUGCAACAGGAUCUUACAUGUACUUUGUCCUGGAAUACGUGGACGGGGGAAGCCUUUAUAAUCACAUGAUGCAAAGGCACAAAUACAGCGAAAAAGAAGCUGCGAACAUUUUGAAACAGGUACUUGAAGCCCUUCAUUACCUUCACAAGAAACGAAUCGUCCAUCGAGAUGUCAAACCGGAUAACCUACUGAUCAAACAAGUUCCAGAUACCGCUGGCAAAUCCAAACAGCACCCAACAAUCAAGUUAUGUGACUUCGGAUUUGCUUUCAAACUCCCACCUGGUGUUGAGGUCACGUGCUGUCCUCCGCGGGGCGCGCCGAUGUUUUUGGCGCCAGAAACAAUUCUCGACAAUCCAAUUGGUCGACCUGUGGAUAUGUGGUCCACGGGUGUACUUCUUUACCUCUUAGUGGCGGGCUAUCCACCAUUCUGGCACGAUAACAGCGAGAAAAUGUUACUGGCGGCAGUGCGAGGCCAGUUUAGUUUAACUACUCCCACUUGGAACAAAAUUUCUAAGUCCUGCAAAGACCUGGUCAAAUGUAUGCUUGCAGUGCAGACAUCCCAGCGUAUCACGGCUGUCGAGGCUUUAAGACAUCCUUGGUUUUUUAAGUUAUCGGAGUUGGACUCACCACGCCCGCGAAGGAAACACAGUAGUGAGCUGUCGAAAAGUUGUCGGCUGACAGAGAAGCUCAAGUGUACGAUCAGCGAGAUGCACUCAAGCAUGAAGCUGCACCGCUUGGGUCUCGAUCCUUUGAAAGGAAAAUUUUCCCCGCUAUAUCACUCAGCCAUGAAUCUGUCUGAGGUUAGCAGAUGACAGCAGCUGCGUUUGUCUCGUACAGUUAAAUUUGUUCACGCUUAACAGUUCGGCAUCUCAUGACAAUGUUAACAGAUACGUUAAACAUUGGUAUCGAGGUCAGACGUUCUCCCUCCUGGGGAGCGCUACGAAGUCUU